CGUUCCCAUUCCGGGCUCCUGCUUCCUGCACGAAAAGUGGAACAUCACUGUUCGCAUUGGUAUCACAGCAAUAACAAUUCACUUUUAAGCUCGAUCAUGACAUUUUUUUACCUUUCUUCGAUUUUCCUAUCCUGCUUCCCGGAUUCUUCUCAUUCUACAGUGACCUGCCAUGGAAAAAAGAAGGUCAAAAGUAGAGCUUAUGACAUUUGUGGUAAGUUUCACAUUUAUUUUACGAGUAAACAUUUCAUUGUUGAUGAAGUAAAAUCAAUACAGCACAACAAUUUUGUCGGUUCAUUCUUACCGUGUUAAAAGCUUGAACAUUUCCUUGUUACAGUCAUGGCUUGAAACGUGGAAAAAGCAUUUAGUUAAAAUUAAAGGUCAAGACAUCCGGAAAGGGUACAAAAGCAGAGGACCAAAACUCGAAACUGACAGUGAGAGGAACCUGAGAUGUGAGAAGUGUUGUCGUACCUUGCUUGCCGACUCCGAACCAAACUAUGUUUAUUAAUUUAGUACUAUUGGAUUUCUCAAAAUUUUACUGCCAAACUCUUUUUCCUUUUUCGCCGACACACAUAAGGCUCUUCACAAAUACUAUAAUAGAACACACCCUCUCUUCAUUGCUCCUCUCAAGCUUCGAAUCUCUCUCUUUCCUCUUCUUUAAUGGCGAUUUCUCCAACUACUGACCCUCCCAACAACUACUGCUACUUCCGUUUGUCCUCCACUUACUCCUACUUCUUCUUCAGCUGUGCUUGCGCGUCCAUGGUUCUCUUUCAUGUGCUUCAUCUCACCUGAUCCUCUCAUCUGAACAGCUGCCAAAAUCAACUACUACAAGACAAAAGAAAAAAACCAAAAAAGAAGAAGAAAAAGAGGCCAGCAGCAAUGAGUUAUUAUAGUAACAGAGCUUUCUCUCUUUCUAUGACUCGUUUGCUACUCACUGAGUUAGUCUUACUUGGUGUGAUCUUUGCUUUCACUCCAGCUCAAUGCAUCACCGAUUCUUCCGAUGCUCAAGCUCUUCAGGUUAUUUACACUUCAUUGAACACUCCUACAAAGUUAACAAAUUGGAAAACUGAUGGUGGUGAUCCAUGUGGAGAUUCAUGGGAAGGGGUUACCUGUGAAGGCUCGGCCGUCGUUUCAAUUGAUAUUUCUGGGUUAGGACUUUCUGGAACCAUGGGAUACUUGCUCUCUGAUCUUAUGUCAUUGAGAACACUUGAUUUGAGUAACAACAACAUUCAUGACACAAUCCCAUACCAGUUGCCACCAAAUCUUACGAGCCUAAAUCUUGCGGGUAACAACAUCAGCGGGAAUCUUCCUUAUUCCAUUUCUAGUAUGGUUACUCUUACUUACCUGAAUGUAAGCCAUAAUUCACUUUCCCUAUCUGUUGGAGACAUUUUUGCUAAUCUUGCUGACCUUGGGACCUUGGAUCUUUCCUUCAACAAUUUUAGUGGGGAUCUUCCUAGUUCAUUUAGCUCAUUGAGCAAUCUUUCUAUGCUGUAUAUGCAGAACAAUCAAUUGACUGGUUCUUUUGAUGUCCUUUCGGGUUUACCUUUGACAACUCUAAAUGUUGCAAAGAACAAUUUCAGUGGGUGGAUUCCUCGAGAGCUUUUCUCAGUCCCAACUUUUAUAUAUGAUGGCAAUUCCUUUGCCAAUGGGCUUGCCCCUCCUCCACCACCAUAUAGUCCACCUCCGCCUGGUAGAUCUCAUAAUAAAAAUAAUUCUGGAUCAGGAGCUCGUACAUCCCCUGCUUCUGAUGGUCAAUCAUCAGAUUCAGAUAAGGGACCAUCAGCUGUACUUAUUGUGGGCAUAGUUCUUGGCUCUUUGUUACUGGUUGUCCUGGCAUUAGUUGCUCUUGUUUUCUGCAUCCGUAAAAAUAAAAGAAAGGUGAGUGGUACAAGAGCUGUGAGGGAAAGUCUUUCGGUUGGCUCCAAUGAUGGACAUACUGAGAUGCAAGAGCAGAGGGUAAAAAGUGUCGCUGCUGUUAUAGAUUUGACCCCACCAGCAGAAAAAUUGACGGUUGAAAGGAUGUCCAAAAAUGGAUCUCUAAACAGAAUGAAGUCACCCAUCACUGCUACAUCAUAUACUGUCGCUUCUUUACAAACAGCAACAAAUAGUUUUAGUCAAGAAUAUCUUAUCGGUGAAGGUUCCCUGGGUCGUGUUUACAAGGCAGAGUUUCCAAAUGGAAAGACAAUGGCUAUUAAAAAAAUCGACAAUGCUGCACUAUCAUUACAAGAGGAAGACAAUUUUCUGGAAGCUGUCUCCAAUAUGUCUCGCUUGAGGCAUCCAAAUAUUGUUACAUUGGCUGGAUACUGUGCAGAAUAUGGACAGCGUCUUCUUGUAUAUGAAUAUAUAGGAAAUGGUAGUCUUCAUGAUAUGCUGCACUUUUCUGAUGAUUGCAGCAAGACAUUAAGUUGGAAUGCACGUGUCAGAGUGGCGCUUGGAACUGCCCGGGCUUUAGAGUACUUGCAUGAAGUGUGCUUGCCUUCAGUUGUACAUAGAAACUUCAAGUCAGCAAACAUCUUACUUGAUGAAGAACUCAAUCCACACUUGUCAGACUGUGGUUUAGCUGCUCUUACACGAAAUACUGAGCGACAGGUUUCAACACAGAUGGUUGGUUCAUUUGGUUAUAGUGCUCCUGAGUUUGCAUUGUCAGGUGUGUAUACUGUAAAGAGUGAUGUGUACAGUUUUGGGGUGGUGAUGUUGGAGCUGCUGACUGGCCGGAAACCACUGGAUAGUUCUAGGGUGAGAUCAGAGCAAUCACUUGUCAGAUGGGCUACUCCCCAACUCCAUGAUAUAGAUGCCCUUGCAAAAAUGGUUGAUCCUGCCCUCAAUGGCAUGUAUCCUGCAAAAUCUUUGUCACGCUUCGCUGACAUCAUUGCUCUCUGUGUUCAGCCGGAACCUGAGUUUCGGCCCCUGUCUGAGGUUGUGCAAGCUUUAGUGAGGUUAGUGCAAAGGGCAAGUGUGGUAAAAAGGCGACCUAGUGACGAAUCAGGAUUUGCAUACAAGACUCCAGAUCAUGAAGCAAUAGACAUGUCAUUUUAAGUGUCUGGUUGAAACUUGAAGCUUGAACUGAUUCCUUGCAAUCAUGUCUGCAACAUGCUAAGUUCUAGGAUGACUAAAAGAGCAAACCAAUUUAAGUGGAAAAGAUCUACAAGAGAAUCAAAAUCGAUAAUGGAAAAUGAAAUAAAAAAAAGUUGUGUAAUUAUAUCUUAUACAUAAUCACUUUGAGUUUAUAGUUUAUAGUUUACAGUGCAAAUAUAAAGGUGUAUUGUUGGGGAUAAUGAUGGACAUUCACGUUUUGCAUCUUAAUAAUAAAAGAUUUUCUUUAAUUCAAGGCAAGUACAUAACAUUCCUUUGUUUCGUUGUCAUGAUUUUCACGAGUUGUCCCUUUAUCUUUGUCUCCAUUGGUCAUGCUUUUCUGCUAGAAAUUGCCAAACACAAAUUGUGUUAAUGGAAUGUGGACCUCCCACAUUUCCAUCACGUGUGUGAACUUUCAGGGGGUUGUUGUGAUUGGGAAAGAAAAUUGUGACAAUGUCGGUUGCUCAAAAGAUUCAAAAAC